CUCAACCCGUUAACCGCUGUUAUCUCUCCUUUGUUUGUCCCGAAAACCAUGAAAAUGUUCGUGUACUCGUUGCGCGGAAAGUAGUGGGGAUGCGCAAUGCCGAGCAAUAUACGAAUUUCGCCGACAUACCUUUCGCCGCAGUAGUUCGUGAACCCCUUCCCGCCCCGUGCUCUCGCGCUCAUCAUAGGUCGUACCACUACCCGUGUCCCAAACACACGACCAGCAGUCACCGUUGAUUUUGGGUUUUUUUUUUUUUGUUAUUGUUUUCCAAAAGUUUUCUCUCGCGUCUGGCGUCGUCUGCCGCUGGGCCAUUCGUUUCCUGGCCGCCAACGUCCGAAGAGGCCUGAGCGCUGUCUCGUCGACAUCGCACCGUACACGUUCCACCGCCGUCGACUCUUGUGUGUGCGCGCCACCAACGUGGUGGUGAUCCGCUAGACAGCCAGCCGCCCGCCGUCCAGCCCGUCAGUCGCGCCAGCUCCGCCGUGCCCCGACGAUAGUUGUGUACCGUCGUUGUUCUACACUGUGUCACUGUCCGCUUGAUCACGAUCGCCACAAAACAAACAUGGUUUACAAAAUAAAGAAACACUCGACGAUGCCCGUUCACGUAGUCGAUGACCAUAACGACGCGUUGCGAUAUAUCUACCGGGAAAUAGGUUCCAAACACUUGCCCUUGUACGGCAAUGUUUUGUUACAUUUCGAUUCGCAUCCGGACUUGUCCAUUCCAAAAGAUAUGCCGGCCGAUUAUGUAUACGAAAAAGAACAGUUGUUUGAUUCGCUGAGCAUCGAGAACUGGAUACUGCCAGCUGCGUACGCCGGCCAUUUUGAUAAAAUUAUCUGGGUAAAGCCCCCUUGGGCACGGCAAUUCAACGAAGGCGAAAUUGUGUUCAGUAUUGGCAAGCAUAAGAUGUCCGGCGCCAUACGAUUGACUAAUUCUAGUGAUUUUUAUCUGAGCGAAGGUCUUUAUUGUUUAGAAAGUGAUCUCAUUAACAUAAAAACGAUCAAGUUGUUUGUGUUUACCAUGUGUAGUUCAGUUUUCAAUGAUGGCGAGGAAAAAUUUGAGUUAUUGCGAAAUAAGUUUAUCGAGUAUACUAGAGAUAAUCCUCAUUACAUCUUAGAUUUUGAUUGUGACUUUUUCUCCACAAACAAUCCAUUUUUAUCCAUGUAUGAUAAAGCGAAUCUUUAUACUAAUCUACAUAAAAUUUACACGUUUAAUUCGCCGACUAAUAAAGAAGACGUUAACAGCUUACUUCAAUGUUCUCGUUCUAGAGAAAUAUUGUUGCAAGAAUUAGAAUCUGUGUUCAUGCAUCUUGAUGAUGGAAAAUCAUUAGAUGAGUAUCCGACUGAAAAUUUAACUGCUGUAAAUUCUGAAGAUUUAUCAUUUAUUGUAAAUGAGCUGUUGAAACAUUACGAUACUAUUGACUGGUUGAUAGUGCAUAAUGCUGGUUGCACAAUUGACAAUAUUGAAUUACCUAACCAUCAUACAGACAUAGCUGAUAUUGCGAAAUCUAUGGAUAUUGUAUUCAACUUUUUACCUAUAAUACAUGAACCAGCUGCCAUUACAAUUGCCUUGUCCACAGGAGACGAUUACUGUCCAUUGGAAAGUGCACGUUUUAUUAACGAAUCAUUGCUCGCAAAGCUAGAAUGCUUGUAUAAUAAACUGAAUGUUCAAAAAUGUACUGAAGGUUCCUAAUUUACUGAAACAUUAUCUAAAGUAUAAGUUUAUUUUAUCAUAACUGCUAGUAAGUUUUUUCAUUCUGUGUGCAACAUAAUAUUUUUUACAACUAGCGUUAUCUUAAAUUUAAAAUUUCUCUGCUGCGAGUUUUAAAUUCAUUAUUAUUAGUAUGAUAUGUUUUAAUUUUUAUGUUUAGAACCUACUACCUAC